UCAGACCCUCUGAUCCAGUAUCUGUAAUAAAGUCCAGACUGAGCACGAUGAGUCCUGCAGAAAAAAAAUGGAGGACAAGCUGCAGUGAGCCGAGCUGAUACAGACUCAAGGUUAUAACUGCUGCAAAUACGGCCUCUCGUGAAUACAAUUAACCUUUCACAGGAGAUUAAAACUCCGGAUUCAAACUGACGCCUGAUUCACAACGGACUACCAAAGUGACAUCUUAAGACGCGAGGACACGUUUCUGUACGUGUCUCCUUUAAUGCUGCUGCUCUCCGUAUUCUGACCUCACAAUGAAACUAUAUCUGCUGACUCAGCUUUUUCAGCAGCGCACCUUUCUCCUCACAUCCUCUGAGCAUGUCUGCAGAGACUUGUCCAAAAACUGCUCCACGAUGCAAACUUUGUCUUAAAAAGUCUGCAUUCAUUCAGAUUAAUCUGCAGAGAAGGAUCCCAGAGUGACACACACUCAUCCUCCUCAAAAUUCAGUCACUCCAACAUGACGUAGUCUUUUUCUCAAGCUGCUCUAGCAUCUGCCUGACAGACACCCACAUGCUCACAGUCUGCAUUCCUAUUAAAACCACCACAUCAGAAUGUGUCAGCCUGUCAGCAGAGCUUUAAGAUGAAGCAUACGAGGUGGUUAUUACAAAACAGUUCCAUCCUGAGCUCUGCAAAGGGAAGCGAACAGCCUUCACUCUCAUGCCGGCUGCCUUUUUGCUGCAUGAAGCAAUGACAAAAGGUCACAACAGCAUGACAAGUUGAUAAAUGAUACAUCAUCUGAGCUGUGCAGAUGCAGAGGGACACACUUUGACAGGACUGUGCGGCUCCUCCUCGUGUGUGAGCUGUGUGUGGAGGGAGAAGUGACUGCACACAUGUGUCAGAGCACACAUGUGGGAAACUUCAGAUGUGAUGAUGCAAACUUCUUUUUAAAAGGUGGUCCCACAUCAGGCUUGGACGUCCUUUCAUCCCAACCUUCAUCACACACUGCGCAUGGCACUUUUCCCAAUGCAUCAGCAUUUUCAGAUGACCUCAGAAGAAGGACAAACACACAUACUUUCUCUCUCUCACACACACACUCAUCCUGCAGCAGACAUCAUGUCAGUGUAACAUUAUUUUUACCCAGGUGUCAGAGUCUAGACUGGGCUGAGGACUGGAGAAGCUGUGUGUGUAACUGUGUGUGUCUCUGUGUGUGUGUGACAUUGAGAGGAGGAGGGACAAGGACAUGCGCAGUGCACACAGCUGCUGGGGGAAACAGGAGACGAAAGGUCGAGCGAGUUAAUCAGUUGUAUUGUUCUUUAGAUUACAGUGACAUCUGAUCACAGGAACCCGACACGGAUCGAUAGUCCUUGCGCUCCGUUUCCGAGCAGGCCCCCUAUCACCUUGACUCACCUUGGACCAUGAUGCAUUUUUAACCCUUUCAGACCCCCCUUUGCAACACUGCCAAAUAAAAAAAAGUUGACGUCCUGACAACAAACACACUGAGAUCCAAUCAUGGGGAGGCUCUCCAAACGCAUGGAGCGCAGCGUCUGCGCGCAGCCAGAACUACAAACCCCGGCACCUCUCCAACACAUGGGACACUAAAAACGCUCUACCUCACAGAGAUCUGUAUGAACAAAGUGGACAUGUGACAAUCAGAUGGAACUUUUGGGGUGGUAUGGCGCACUCAUGUUGCUGUAGUCCCAGAAUGCAGCAAAUCAAACAGGUGGUAAGAAACACGAGGCGACCGGUGCGCGCUCCCUACAACUCUGGAGCGCGCUCACCAUUUUUCCACAAACCCCCGGGCAACUUAUACUCACACCAACUGCCUCCAGUCCGACCCAGCACUUCUCCUUUCUCCGAGUUCCAAAGAAACUGCUUCCAUCCACCAUCAUCUUGUUUUGCAGGCAUGUUUGAUAAUUUGUGUAUUUGUUUAUUUCCCAGUGAAGUGUUCCUUUCAGUUCGGCGGGCUUCCUCUCUCUCUCCGUGUGGUAACCAAGUCCCGGACCCGUUGCAGAGAAACCCAGGUCCGUGCGCUGCAAGGGCUCCCCAAUAUAAACCGUUCCUCCUUCCUCGGCUCCGCCCGAAACUCUCCGCAAGUUACCUAGGAGGAGGGCGGAGCGGCGGCGGCCAAUCAGGUGCUGGAGACGUCGUGCGUAAGACUGACGUCCUGCAGACGGACAGAAAACGUACAUAGGCUGACAUUAAGCUCUAUACAUAUCUGGCUGAGCUCUGCAGAUAUGCAUGUGCAGAACCCCAACCCCGGUGAUCCAUCAGCCGCCUGUCAUUCACCGAGCACAGUGACACCUGCCUGAGAUAUUCCAGGUCCCGCAUCCAUCUCAUGGGUUUGUAAAGUGUCACAGAGCGCCGAGGGACGCUAACACAGACUGAAUGUUCCCGUGAAGUCCGUCAGUCCCUGAUACAAGGGAGAACAUUCAGCAGAAGUUCUUGGACUGAGAUCAUUUGGCACUUCAGGUUUCAGCGCUGCCAAUACGUCCUGUUCCAGCGUGAAGCCUCUCUGGAGCAGCUCCAACGGGGAACAUCCGGCAGGGUCACAAUCACGCUUGUCGUGUUUUCUCUCAUCAAGAAGCACCCGGGCAGGUGAAUGUUUCUCUCCUCAGGACUCGGUUACCCAAUCCCCCGAGGGCAGGACAUGAUGUCACCGUGGAUUGAGGUAAGGCCGAGUCCUCAGUGAGCUCAUAUGAACACCUGCUGAAAGGUAGAGCGGAGUAUUUGGAGGACCACGAGGGACAAAGGGAACACUGUGAGUCUGACGGAGCCAUGAUGUCCUUGAAGCACAAGAACAGCUAUGGACAUCGAGCUGUAUCUGAUAGCUGCUGCCAUCCUCAUCGUCCUGAUCGUGUUUGCUGUGAAGGUUCGAGGGAAAACUCAGGAGGCUGAUGAGGAGCAGCAGAGAGAUGUCCUCCGGGCAGCGGGGCCUCCUCAGCGAGCAGCAGAGGAGAGAGGAGCUGGGAUGCCUCGCAGGAGGAGGAACCUCGCUGCGUCGGUCGCUAACAGACGACCUCAGAGAGACGCUGCUGAACCAGAGGAGGAGCAUGAGGAGGAGGAAGAUGAGGAGCUGGAGCCGCUGAAAAAAGUUGGAGCGAAGAAGCAGAAGAAGCUGGAGGAGAAACAGGCCAAGAAAGCUCAGAGAGAGGCAGAGAUGGAGGAGAGGGAGGAGAGGAAGAGGAUGCAGGAGCUCAGAGACCAGGAGAGGCAGCAGGAGGAUCAGCGGGAACGCCUGCUGGAGCAGAAACAGGAGGACGACGAGCGCCGCGUCAAAGAGGAGCAGGAGAAACGUGAGGAGGAGGAGUACCUGAAGCUGAAAGCCUCCUUUGUGGUGGAGGAGACCGGGGAGGAGGAGCAGCUCUCAGAGGACCAGUCCCGGAACCUGCUGCAGGAGUUCAUCCAGUACAUCGAGAGCAACAAGGUGGUUCUCUUGGAGGACUUGGCUUCUCAUUUUGGGAUGAGGACUCAGGACGCUAUCAGCAGACUGCAAGACCUGCUCACUGAAGGGUCCCUCACAGGAGUGAUCGACGACAGAGGGAAGUUCAUCUCCAUCACUCCGGAAGAACUGGACUCGGUGGCUCGCUUCAUCCGACAGAGAGGACGAGUGUCCAUCAUGGAGCUCGCUCAGGCCAGCAACUCUCUGAUCAACCUGCAGCCGGAGACCCGCAGCACCGCUUAGGACGGACUCGGCACCCUGAGAGACUGACAGAAACUGCAUUGAGGGUACAGAACUUGUCCUCUUGGUUUGAUGAGUUAGCAUUAGCUGAUAAUCUCAUCUCAUCUGGGACUUGAUCUUUGAGUAAGAGACGAUCCUUCUUCUGCUGCAUCUUUUCCUAAAACCUGGGAAAUGUUUGGGAAAUAAGUCCAGAAACACUGCUGUGUUCAAAAUAACUCUCAUCCUGCUUUCUUUAAACAGUUUAUUACUCCUCCUGAAUAUCUGCAGUGGGAAGAGUAAAGGAGGUUUUUCCUCACCGUCUGGUCUGACACCGCCCCCCCUUACAGUAAAAAUGGCAGCAUAGAAAUGUUGGAUGUUAUUGCCUUUGGUGUGGUUUGCUUUAAAGGCCAUAAAAAGGAAUCGCUGUGCAUUUCCUUACAGGAGCUUUAAUUUAAAUGUUGGACGUGUGAUGAAAUCAAUAAAUGAAUUUUCUGCAGGA